AUCGGUUUUGGGGUUCGUCAAUUAUGUCCGCCGAUUUAUACCCAACAUGGCGGGGUUAACUAAAGCACUGAUUGACCUACUUCAUAAGGGCGCUGAUUAUCAGUGGGAGGAGAAGCAGCAAGUUGCAUUUGGCGGAUUAAAAAAUGGUUUAAUCUUGCCACCAGUACUUCGGAUUGCUGACCCAGAACGACCGUUCGAAGUCAUGACUGACGCAAGUGACAUCGCCAUCGGAGCAAUCCUGCUACAUGAUUUUGGCGACGGCCUUCCGCCAAUCGUGUACAAGUCGCAAAAGUUACAGUCGGCCGAGCGAAAUUAUCCCUGUACACGACAAAGAAAUGCUGGCGAUCGUGCAACCCGUUCCAACCAUCUGGCGAUGCUACCUAAUAGGAGCCGACGUGACUGUAUGAACAGAUCACAAAUCCCUACAGUACCCGCGAGCGCUGCCGGAAUCCCAACCCGCGGCAGGUUGGGGACGCCAAGCCCGAGGGGGGGGGGGCGUGGCGGCAAGAGGGGUGGCAGGGGUGGGGGGGGUAGCGGAGGUGGCGGAGGUGGUGGAGGGGACGGUGAUGCGGACGAGGGGACCAGGGCUGGUGCCCCGGCGCAGCAUUAGCCUUAGCAGCAGCAAUAGCC